AUGUUGUUCUCCAAAGCUAUGCUCGCACAACGAAGCUCCGACCUAAGCGCGUACAGGAGUUCCGUCGCCUAUCCCCGAGCACUGGCUCUCGACCACCCUGAACACAUCGAUGAUCAUUUCCUACACCAUGCAGAGGAUGUGCGCGCAAGCAUCGACAAGGACCUUCUAGCUCUUCGCAAUGCCUUCGCUUUGUCUCAGACUGAUCGAAAUGCGCUCUCCCCGAUAUGCCGUCUCCCAUCCGAACUACUCGCUCAGAUUUUCGCUGCUAUCGACGAUACGCCCCGACGCGCCCGAACUCCUACCUCUAAAGGCUCUCCAUACACUAGUCUCGGAUGGAUCAAUGUCACCCACGUAUGUCGUCACUGGCGCUACGUAGCUCUCGAAUAUCCUCGCCUUUGGCGCAAUAUCUCUUUUACUCUCGGAUCGGCCUGGACAUCCGAGCUCCUUUUACGUUCGAAGGCCGUCCUCAUCUCGCUAUCCCACCUCACCGAGCCCUCGUUCGUUCCUUUCGAUGCCAUCCCUCUCGCUUCGCAUCUCGAUCAUACGGAACACAUACAUAUCCGAUCAGACAAUAACUCCAUGCGUGCGCUCUUCAAACAUCUGUCGCACCCGGCGCCUCACCUGCGGGGUCUACAUCUGACCACAGUACCUACUGGCGGUUUCAUGAGGUCGAGGAUGGCACAGCCAGUGCGCCUACCGGCCGCCUUGUUCGAAGGGGUUACACCGGCACUGGAGCAAGUUAGCUUGACGAGAUUGCAUGUCCCAUGGGCGGAGUGGCCUUUCCGCGGUCUUCGCCACCUGGCUGUGACACUCCCGAAUCCCCACCUCCUACCGCUAGACAAUAGUGCGCUACCCACACUUGAUCAGUUGUUGGACGUUCUCUCGUCUUCGCCGGAUCUUGAAACUCUACGUUUGGGCCACACGAUUCCGCCACUUGCCCCUUACACCACUUCGCUUCCGCUAAAGUUCCGCACGGUCAGGCUACCUAAUUUCAAGGAGCUGUUUUUAGAAGGUCGACCGCUAGAAUGCGCGAAUUUGUUGAGGAGUUUGCAGAUUCCUCGGGGUGCGAGGGUGAAGCUGGAUUGUGCGAGCGAGGGGGAGGACAAUGACGAAUGUGACGUCCUGUUGGCGCUGAUAAGGAAACAAGUGGACGGGCAUGUCGAGGAAGAGGAAGAGGAGCAGACAACGGUGGAAGGAAGGGUGACUACUCUCUGGAUCAAAAACUAUGCGAAUCAUGUUGCAAUUACGACUUGGGCCGAAGACAUCCCUUCACCACACCACCACUCUCUGCUCUCAUUGUCGUCAGCUCCCUCUUCUCCUACCACUUCGCCAACUACUUCACCAUCAUCAUCAGACAGCUCGUCGCCACUCCCACCACCAGCAAUCGACAUCUCGUUCACUUGGCCCGCGCAUAUUACUCGUUCCGUCCCCACUAUCGCCACACCGCCUUCUCCUCAGUACAUCAACAACCCAUUCGUUUCCUCAAUAUUUUCUUCGCAUUCGCCUUCUCAUUAUUCGUUGCCUAACCCACCUCCCGCCCCGACCAUCUCUUCCUCGGACAUCCUCCUGAACAACAUCUGUUCUCACCUCGGUGUGGAAGCCGAACCUGGCCGAGACGUGCGCACCGUCAUCAUUUCCACCUCUUUACUCGUCACGAAAGAGAGAUGGAGGGAGGCUUUCGGAGAAAUGAAAGGGUUAAGGGGUGUCGGUGCGAGCGGAGAAGCGGGUAUAGGGUUGAUUGAGGCGAUGGAUGUGGGGCGUGGUGAACUGGAGCAGAACAUGUUUUUACCGUGUUUGGAGUGUGUGGAGCUGUACGCGGUGGAUUUCAGGUCGCGGUCGAGGGUCGUUAGCGAGGACGAUCCCAAGGGGCCGUUGUCUAGGGUGAUGAACUCUCUGAGGACCAGACAGGCGAGUGGAAGGCCAUUGAAAACGCUGAAGAUCGCCGAGUGUACGGUCAAGGAGGAGUGGGUCGAAGAGAUAAAGAGGGUUAUGGGACGUGCAGGUGGGAUGGUGGAAUGGGAUGGGUCGAUGGGUUUAUUGGCAGAGGCAAGUGAUAGUGGCGACAAUGGGUCGGUGCGGGUUUGGUCAUGA